GGCAUGCUGCUCGCUGUGUCGCUUCUGCGACCGCGUCAAUAACCCACGCACUGCGCCAGCCUUGCUCAGAGCUCCCAACUGACGCGCACACAAAAUGACGGACAACAACAAGCCCCCGCCACCACCCGGCUACCCAAAGGAUGUGGAGUCUGGCGGCCAGACCGCAGCCAGCCAGCCGCAGUACCCCGGCGGCUACCCCACCACGGGGACGGCUGCAGCAGCCGGCGGGUACCCAGCCGGACCCGGCAGCUACCCGCAGGUGCCCGCAGCAGGCACCAGUGGCGCCGCCCCCAGCGGUGAUGGUGCAUAUGGCUACCAGCAGCAGCCACAGCCGCUAUACCCCGGACAGCAGCAGCCUGGGCCGCAUCCGCCGGUGUGGGGCGUCCCUGCCAUGCCGCCCGUGCUGGGUGACCGUGCGUCCUUCGUCUACGCGCACCCCAUGUGGGGCCCGGAUGACCACACGCGCGACUCCCGCUUUGUGUGCUGCGCCUGGGUCUGCUUCCUUCUGGGCUUCUUCUUCCCCAUCUUCUGGCUCAUCUCGGUGCUGCUGCCCUGCUGCCUGCCCGGCCGCGCCGUGCGUCAGGCGGCUCUGGCCAGCUGCAUCGCCUCCAUCGUGUACGCCAUCCUGGCCAUCAUUCUGGCGCCCUCCAUGAGUGCGCGUUACGGGUGAAUGGGCUGCAAACUGCCCAAGCAGGCCUUCCAUGAUUGCAGCCGGGCGCUGUGCCGCGGCAAGGCGGCUUUGAACGCGUAUGGGGGCGGGGGGGGGGGGUUGGAUUGGGUUCGGGGGUUACAGCGUCGUGUGUGUCAGGCGGCGGAAGGGGCUUUGCAUGCACUCCAGUGGCAGGGCCGGAGGCCUGGCGCACGUGGCUGACUGGCGGAACGAAAGCGGCAUUACCAAAUGACGGAAGAACGCUGGUGCAUGCGUGCAGCAUUCGUAUCUUUCUGGUCUCUUGAAUUCGCCGUAUUUGGUGUGUGUGCCAACCUGACGCAGGGGCCACCAUCACAACAUGAUGGGCAUGCACUAGGGCGGUGCCAGGGGUGCCGCCGGUUGGUGCGGGGCGUGUGGACUUGUUGGCAUGUCCCCACGCAUCCGUUAGGACGACACCCCUACACGGGGGUUCUCGACUUCUCGUUGGUAGUUGAUUAACUCUGAAAUGCUGGUUUUGAUCGAUACGACGAUAAGUAUCA